AUGAACAGAAAUUAUCAAUAUCAGCACCGAGUACAUGAUGCACUUGUAGCGAGUUAGUCGGGCCGUUCGCCGCCAGACUUAAUGUUCGAGCUUCGGUGGACGAUCAAUACCUUUUGUAUUGUUCCAGACAAACAUGUUCAGUGUUUUUCUGCGACUGUAGACAGCGGCAGACGCUGUUCGCUGCUUCCACAGCUUCCGAGAACCCGCAAGCUAGCGAGCUAGCUUCAUUGCUGCAGCUCUGAACCUCUGAAACAACGCAGGGAGGCAACAAGCAGACAAGAGCGGAAGACACGUCGCAGUAGGCAGCAGUGAACCCUCCGUUGUGUUGCAGGGACUGGCUGUCUGCCCCGCAAAUACAGAUGAAGUAUUGAACACCAACCAGCCUCUGGCGCGUGAGGCCAGCUGUCUUGCAGAAAAGGCAGUACACUCUCAUCUUCUCUGCCCCUCUCUCUCUCUCUCUCUCUCUCUCUCUCUCUCUCUCUCUCUCUCUCUCUCUCUCUCUCUCACACACACACCUACACCUACAUUUCAGUUAGCUGACAUUAUCGGUUCCACCAAGCUCAAUGGCAAGCAGGAGGAAGUCUACGACCCCUUGCAUGGUGCUCCCGUCAGAUGUGGUGGAGCCGGACGUGGAGAUGGAGGCCAUGGAGGCGAGCGAUGCAGCUGGGAUUGGCAUGUCGGAGGCAGGCCCCACAGAGGGCUCUGUACCCCCUGCUGACCUGGAGCCAGAACACGACGGGUGCCACUAUACGGGUGAGGACGGCUUCGCCCGCCUGAAACGCCAGAGUCAAAUGGGCAUCUUGGAUCCCUCGCCCCCGGACCUGACUUACGAGGGCGGCUUCUCUCAGCCCGGGGGAGGAGAUCCAGCGGGGGAGGAGAGUGAAGACCCCUCGGUGUCGGGCAGCAUCUCGCUCAGCAAGACCCCCAUCAUGAAAAUGAAGAGCAAGUCCGAACCCAAGCGCAUCGCUGUGUCCCUGAAGGGCACCAGCGACGACGGGGACACGGUGCCGGACAGCGACUGCGAACCGGAGCCCAUGGACACGAUGUCGUCUGUCAUGUCCUCCAUGCCGGUCGACAUGCUGAGCCAGCUGGCCAUGGACCCCACCAAGCCCAACGUGCUGGUCAACAUUCCCAGCCCCCUGCUGGCCGCGGACGGUAAGAAGGCGGUGCUCAACCCGGCCACGGUCCUCCCCGCGGGUCUGGCCCAGGUGCUGUCGGCUCUGCAGGCCCAGCAGAGCGCGCAGGCCCAGCUCCUCAUCCCCGUCAGCAGCAUCCCCACCUACAACUCGGCCAUGGACACCAACACGGUGCUGGUGAACACCUACAAGAAGUUCCCCUACCCGUCCGUGUCGGAGAUCAUGGGCCUGGCCGUGCAGACCAAGUUCAGCGAGGAGCAGAUCAAGAUCUGGUUCUCGGCCCAGCGGCUGAAGCACGGCGUCAGCUGGACCCCCGAGGAAGUGGAGGAGGCGCGCAGGAAGCAGUUCAACGGCACGGUGCACACGGUGCCGCAGACCAUCACGGUGAUCCCUGCGCACCACCUGUCGGCCACCAACGGCCUGCAGUCCAUUCUGCAGACCUGCCAGAUCGUCGGGCAGCCCGGCCUGGUGCUGACCCAGGUGGGCACGGCCAACAGCCUGCCCGUCACCACCCCCAUCACGCUGACCGUGGCCGGGAUGCCCAGCCAAGCCCAGGCCGCCAAGCUGAUGAGCGGUCAGGCCAGCCCUGCCGUGAGCGAGACCAAGAGGGCCACCACGGUCCAGCCACCUUCACUCACCCCGCAGGAGAACUCGGCCCUCAGCGCCGACCACUUCGGCAUGAGGCCCAAGAAGUCCAAGGAGCAGCUGGCCGAGCUCAAGGCCAGUUACCUGAAGAACCAGUUUGCCACCGACGCGGAGAUUGCCCGGCUCAUGAAGCUCACCAAUCUGACCAAGGGUGAAAUCAAGAAGUGGUUCAGCGACACGCGCUACAACCAGCGCAACUCCAAGAACAGCCACGUCAUCGUGUUCCACGACAACAUCCGCUCGAACAACAGUAGCGGUGGUAGCAGCAGCAGCAGUGGCCCCAUCAUCAUCGACUCCAGCGACGAGACGCCCCAGUCCCCCCCGCCCACACCCUCGCCCGUCAAGGAGAAGGACCCACCAAAACCCAAGACCUGGAACCCCUUUCCCGACUUCACGCUGCAGAAGUUUAAGGAGAAGACUCCGGAACAGCUGGUGGUGCUAGAGGAGAGCUACCAAAAGUGUGACACGCCCACGGACGACGAGCUGAGCAAGCUACGGACAGAGACCAAACUCACCCGGCGAGAGAUUGACGCGUGGUUCACAGAGAAACGGAAAACCCCGUCUGCGGCACCGCCACCACCACCAGCAACAUCUGCGACGACAACCACUGACUCCGGCGACCCAAAAGACGACAAAGCGAUAGAAGGGGAUUCCCGAAAGGGGACUCCGACUCCCCCGGGAGUAGCCAAGCGGCCCAGCAAAGACACGAAAGUCACCAAGAAGACGCCCGAACAGUUGCACGUCUUGAAGACCGCCUUCGUGCGCACGCAGUGGCCCACCGGCGAGGAGUACGACAAGCUGGCCGAGGAGAGCGGCCUGCCCAGGUCGUACAUCGUCAACUGGUUCGGAGACACGCGGUACGCCUGUAAAAACGGCAACCUCAAGUGGUAUCUCCAGUACCAGAGCGGGAACGUGGAGGGCAUGAACGGCGGUGGUAGCAGUGGUGCCGGCGCCAGCAGUAGCAGUGGCGGCAACAAGAACCGCAAGAGGAGGGUGCGCAACCGGGGCUGGGGCCGGUCCCGCAGCCGCAAGCAGAAAAAGAGCUCCACCGACCCGGAACCAGGAUCCAAGUCGCCGCUGGUCAAGUCCAAGCCCGGCAAGGAGGUUCUGAAGGAGUACUACCUGAAGCACAAGUUCCUCAGCGAACAGGACCUGGACGAGCUGGUGACCAAGUCCGGCAUGAGCUACGAGCAGGUGCGCGAGUGGUUCGCCGAGGUCCGCAAGAAAGUGGACGCGGGCGCGGAGGAUCCCUUCGCCGUGGAUGCGGAUGCGGACGCGGACGUGGACAUGGAAGGGGAGGAGGACGAUGACACGGAUGACAGUGAAAGCUGGGAGCCUCCGCAGAGUGUCAGAAAAACUGAGUCGGUCCCCGAGGAACAGUGAACGGGGAACAGUGGAGAGGGCGACAGUAUGGUUGCCGAUGGAUACAGCACAUGUACAAGUUCAGUAUUGUCAGUGUGAUUUGAAAAAGGAAAGCACUGCCUUGACUGACACUCACUCCCACUAUGAACUGCCAGCCACCCACCCCCUCUUACAUGCGUUGCACCUUACACACCUAAUCAUUCAAGCAUUUUAGGCCUGUGUUUAGUACUUGCGCUUUAAAGACAAUGACGACCAUUAGAUGAAAAAAAAAAUCAAAUUGGACAUUGAUUAAUGAUUGUAAGAAAUCCACCCUUAACCAGAGUAGCAGUAUUUCACAAGAUGAAGAAUUCUUCUAAUCAAUCAAUUUUUUUGUGUGUGUCUGAUAAAAACGUUGUCAGCACAUUUCUUAUACAUGUAAUAAUGUAACAGUUACUUAAGUGUGUUGUUGACUCUCCCGAGGAAGGAAAAGAGAGGGGCGGAUUACUGUAAAAGGGUUCUGUUUUCUGCUACAUGUGUAGCAUGUCUGCUACAAGACCUGUGGUGCCAAAGCUACUCUGUUGAAUGUUACGAUCCCCCUGUGCUUGUGGCGAGAGGUGCCCACUUUGGUAAGAGGUGCCCACUGGGGGGGAGGAGUGUAUGCAUGAUCGCGUGUGUGUGGUCGGUCUCCAGACGAACUGGAAGGUCAACACACAAAUUAGGCACUUUGACAACCACUUGUGUAUUAUUGAAUAGUGGUUUUAAAAAAGAGAGUGAGGGAGAGGGACUUGACUAGCCACCUUAAUUUCUCAACAACCAUCUGAUGGCUUUUGAGAGACCAAACGUUGGAAUUAUUCGCCUACAAUUAUGUAACCAAGAAAUGAAAAAAAAAAAAACACGUUUUGCCUCUGGUGCCCUCUUUUUAAGCCUUUGAGAGGUGGAGGGUUGAGAAGACCACAUAUGCCCUUAUUAUUAUUACCCCCACCAUACUGACAAUGAUCUGUUAAGUGAAACAGCACAACCCAAGAAACAACCAAUGAAGAGCUGUGUGGCUAUAGCUGCUUUGUAGUCUAUCAGACCUGCACUAUGUGGAUGGUAUUUUUAAUCUUCUUAAUUGCCCUGUGUCUUUGUGUUUUUUUUAAUUAUUAUUAUGAUGAUAAUCAAUGUAAAUCAGUAAAUUGCCUAGUGCCUGUGUCUGAGGGGGACUUGAGCUGACUUAAUGAACUCUUUAACCAUGUUUUUCCCCACUGGACUGUUUCAAAGCCAGUCUUUUUCUAGUUUUGUCUGUAGAUCGCAUGCAGCUUUUUUAUUGUUUUGUUGGCGCGCAGUGGAGUGUAGGACUCUGCUAGUUAUUUCCUCUGCCUCUUUCUUGUCUUCAGUUUGUCCCCUUUUCUCUUCUCUGUACUCAUGGGAAACCACACUGAGCUCCUACCUUUCAUGUGUUUCAAUGUGUGUUCUUAAUGAUCUUGAUCAUUUCAACUAGGUGAAAGAUAAAUACAGCAAAAUCUGUUUGAAAAUAUCUUUUUAAUGAAUAUUGUUUCAGCUUAACAGUUCUGAAUGUUCUUCUAGAAGGUCAAUAUUAUUUCCUUGAAGAAAGACUUUAAAGUGCAUCAUGGCAUAGGGUUUUGCAUCGAUUUGAUUUCUUCAAAGUAACUGAGUAGAUUCCCUUCACCGUGCAAGCACAUGCAAGCAUGGUACAGACCUCAGAUUUGUCGUUGUGUGUGCAUGUUAAGUUUACCAAUAUUGGCUUUACUGAAAAUUUCAAACCGACACCCCAGUACAGCAUGCAAUAACAGUCAUUUAGUAACAGGACAAAAGGUUCAUUUCAUUUUGUACAUAAAAUCUUUUAUGCUCCCAAAUUUUACAGGUAGUUUUUAAUAGUUUUAUAUGUUUAUAUAUUUAUUAUGAUAAAAAAACACCCACCUUGUAUUUUGUCAGUUCAUUUUAUGGUAUGCUGAGGAUGACUGGAAGCUAUCAGUGCUGGCAAACUACUUUGUUACUUUUCAAAAGAGAAAUUGAUGUAGAUUCAGCGGUGAAGUUCAACUUUUGAAUCAUGUCAGUUUUCUUUAGUUAGCCUGUGUGUGCAUUUUCUGGUAAUGUAGAUUUCCCUUAACCAUACUACCAUGUUGUGCAGUUCGGAUAAUGAGUGUGUGGUGGUAAGUACUGUCUUAACAUAGUUCUUGCGCUAACAAUUUUAACCACCUUUCUGUCCUGUUUCUUAAUUUAGAUGUCGAUGAUGCAAGCUAGAUUGAUCAGUAAUUGCUUCUAGAAACAGUUUAUUUUGGACUUUGUGUCAGAGCAGAAUGAUUUAUGGGUUGUACUGGAAUGACACUGGUUGGCCUUUCAACAAGUGUCAUUUCACACUGAACACAUAGGUACACAAUUUAAGACUAAUGUAGUAACUUUCAUCAGUGUGGGAUUUACUGGGGCUCAUAGCAUUUUAGGUCAGACACCUUGAAAUGCUUAGAAAAUGUGUAGAAAACAUGAAACCAUCGCUGAGGUGCAACUGAUUUCGAUAUUGUUGAUUUUGAGCCUGGAUGGAUAUUCUGUAGACACCUCUGCUGUCAGUGUCAAAAGCUUUAUUCCCCUGAGCCAUAGGCCUUGUGCAAUGCUAUUAAUUUAAUUUGAAUUGUCCUUCUAGGCUGUGGCUUGAUUUAGACAAAAAUAUAUAUUUUAUACUUGUUUGAGGAUCAAACAAAUAAAUUUGAAUGAAAAGUC